UCAACCCUUAUCAACGAGAUAGAAAAAACUACAAACAUUUGGAUAUGGCUUUGGAUGAUUUGGAAACAUCUGAAACGCAGAAUUCUGUUGAUAUUGUGGUCUUGCCACUCAAUGUAGAUUCUCAAACGGACGAAGAAGAUGAUGACGAUGACUACAUACAAGAAAGAGAAAAUACACUUCCCAGAGAUGUAGCCGGAGAAGUAGAAUUACAUUUUCAUGACAAUGAUAGUGGAAGCAAUUAUUCAGAUGGUUCAGAUUUAGAAUAUGAUUCCGAAGACAAUGUUCCUUUGGCAGUUUUGACGAAGCGCUCUAGAAGCCAAUCUAACAAAACUAAAAAGCCAGCCAAGAAAGUUCCAGAACCGAAAUGGAAAAACGACCUACUAAAAUUGAUAUGCCAGAAACAAAUGGAUAUGCAGAUCGACUCGAAAUAAUGAAGAAUGAUCUUGAAAAUUUCAGUCCUGUACAACUAUUCGAAAAAAUUUUUGACGAUGACAUUUUUCAACAUAUUAGAGAUCAAACAAACCUGUAUUCUACUCAGAAAAAUAAUCACAGUUUUUCUGUAGAUCUGAAGAUAUUUUUUGGCAUUUUAUUGCUUAGUGGAUAUCAUAGGCUACCACGUGAAAAACUUUAUUGGAGCUUGGGCGAAGAUCUUGGUGUAGCUUUUGUGUCAAACGCUAUGUCACGGAACAGAUUCCAGGAAAUUAAAAAAUAUAUCCACUUGGCAAAUAACGAUGAGUUGGACAACAAUGAUAAAAUGGCAAAAAUUCGACCACUCAUGAAGUCAUUGAAUCAAAAGUUUCAACAAUAUGGGGUAUUUCAUCAAGAACUUUCCAUUGACGAAGCCAUGGUCAAAUAUUUUGGCCAUCAUUCAGCAAAGCAGUUUAUAAGAGGAAAGCCGGUCCGGUUUGGGUACAAAGAUUGGAUGUUGUGCGGAUCCACGGGCUAUUGUUACGCAUUUGACACUUAUUGUGGAGCAAAAAUAUCAAAAAAUCAGACAAGCGAUGAAAACCUCCCUUUAGGUUCCAAAGUGGUUUUGGAUUUGUUGGAAAUUGUGGCAGUUCCAUCUGAUCAUAUUGUUUACUUCGACAACUAUUUUACCAGCCACGCUUUAUUGAAAACCUUGAAAGACAGCGGCCAAAGAGCCACAGGCACAGUCAGAGAAAACAGAACAAAGAAAUGUCCGCUUUCAGCAGUAAAAUUAUUUCAAAAAAGGGACCGAGGCGAAUUUGAAUACGUCUACGAUAGCGACUCUCUAUUACUUUUCGUACGUUGGAAAGAUAAUAAUGUAGUAACCAUGGCCACAAAUCAUGAUUCUGUGGAGCCGCUCGGACAAGUCAGACGGUGGUCGACAGCAGCAAAAUCAAAAGUUCAAGUUCCACAGCCCAAAGUCUUUCAAAAUUACAACCAUGGUAUGGGUGGUGUUGAUCUGCAGGACCAAGCUGUAAAUAACUAUCGAAUCAACAUUCGAGGAAAGAAAUGGUGGUGGGUACUGUUCACACACAUGAUCAAUGUGUCAGUUGUUAACGCUUGGAGGCUUCAUCAACUAGCUUCACAAGAAAAAAUGGAUCUGUUGGCUUUUCAAAGAGAUAUAGCACGGCACUACCUGGUUAUGUUUCUAAAAGGAGAGUUCUCAAGAACUAGGCCCUCAGUAUCACUACCCGAUGGCAUAAGACUCCAAGAAGGUGGCCAUUUUCCAAAUAAAUUGGAUAAACAACUGAGAUGUAAGCAGUGCCACAUGAGAGCUAGAUGGUUUUGCGCAAAAUGUGGAGUUCAAACUCAUCCACCGUUCAGAAAUUUGAUUUAAAAUAAAAAAGACCGUGGGACUUAAUGGGUUGAAUGUAUAUUGGCAAUUUCUAUCAACAUUUUUGGAUCACAAAAUUUUGAUUUCACAAUACUAUGCCCAUGUAAAUUCCUAUUAUCUAAAAAUGAUUUUUAUUAUUACUAAGGCUAAGCUCUAGCUCGGAGCCCCGAUACAUUGCGCCAACAUUAUCAACCAAUGACCACUAUCCACACCGCGGGGUAAAUUAUCAUUGGGUCCGAGAAUCAUGUGACCUAAGCAAGCACAGUGAACCAAGAAAAACAGCCUUCUGCAUUUGUCCGGCAAAGAUUUCUGCUUUAAUGCGGCAUGUCGGCAUGAUAUUGAGAUUCAAGAGUUC